AUGUCAACCCAGUAUUGCGAGCUCAUCGCGGUCCUCGGUGCCUUCCUUGGCGAUCAUGACUUCUAUGCACGUAUUUCAAUGGACAGCGUGAAGGAUGUGAAGGCUCUUUUCAACGCAAAGACGAUACCUACUGCAGGAGAGGUUGAUGCUACCAGUGAAGCAACAACCAUUCAAGCAACACGCCGGCGUUAUGCGUUAAGACGCGUGUGUAAUGCUGUGCUUCGAUCGCGGCCGCAGGCGAAAGACGCGGACAUCGGCUCCCUAAAGUCUGAAGAAGAAGAACGCGUAGCAUGGAAGUUCCUCAAUGGCGCCCUUGAGGCGGACAAGGCUGUGAUUCGUCCCGUCAUUGAGGAUGAGCUCCUGCGCACAGCGGUAGACCUUCACUAUGCAACUGCAAGACCUGAAUUGUGUGACAUGUUCGUUCAUCUGAGUGCGAGCGAGAUGUUUUUCAUUGACGGUGACUCGCUCUUUAUGGCCGCCUUGUCACCACAAUGUGUGGAUUGGGAUCUGAUUCAGCCAAUGCAUGUCAUGUACAAUAUGCAAAAACUUCUAUCCGACAUGCAACGCCGUGGCGCACACUUUCACGUUGUCUUCUUUGACAAUGCACUUUGGAUGUGGGAAAAAUCGCCGGUGAAAUUGUUUAUGCGAGAGAAUGUCCGGCAAGCACUCUUGUCUCUCAGUGAGAACAAUACGGAGGCUGAUCUCACUGUCCGCAAUUUCCCCAGUUACCACAGCGAGGCCUUUGAGGAGUACAUGCGACAAUGGGAGCCGGAGUUUUUGCUCAUGUCGGAUGGGGAGCAGCUGGGCUCCCUCACCCCGCUCCAGACAUUCUUCGUAAACAGAGAUACUGCAAACAAUGAGAGCAGCGGAAGCAAAGAGGAGAACCCGUAUCGUCUGAAGCAAGCAUACCGUAGUCUCGUGGGGGAUGAGGCGCUUGGCGAAAAGGCAGCACUGUACUACCGAUGCAUGCUGCUCUGGGCAGCUGCGCGGAGACUGAAGGUGGCCUAUUCCUCACGCAUAAUCUACAAGGAAAACGCGAUGAUUGUCUUUACAGUCCGCGUCGAUGGUCUGGGCUUCGAGCGUGCGGUGUCAAUUGAGAGUGAGGUGCAGACACUUGUGCAAUCGUUGGAGCAGGAGGUGCAGCUGCCCACCAUCACCUCCGCAUCACUGGAUCUUUUGGGUGAGAAGAUAUCGUACCGCGAGAAGCUUGUGUCCGCUGCAGUGCACGCCUACCUUAACGCCGUGGAGCGGACUGAGCAGGAGAAGCAGUUGUGUCAAGCUCUUGCCUUCACUGCGUACGUGACUGGGCUGUUGAGCAGUGAAAUGCGUGCGCAGAGGGUGCAGCCUAACAGUGUGGUGGCGACCUUCCUUUCGGAUAUCGCACCAUACCUGCUCGUUGUGCUGCGUCAUGCCGGAUGUGCUAAUGGCCGCGGGCAGGAGUUUGAUAUCAUCGACGGUCACCUCUUCUGUGCCAUUGCACGGCAGCUGCGCACGACAGCAAUACGUGAUCUGGUCGACGAGGACGGUAUGGAGGACAUCGCGUGCACUUGGGAGGUUAUUGCAGAUGACGACACCGUCUGCAUCACCGACGCACCGCUUGCGGACCUCCCUGUGAUCGCUGUUCCUGCAAAAGUUGAGCUACAGCCGUACCCGUUGCUCACGCACGAGUUAGUAGAGCGACUCGCCAAGUCCUUUGGUGUGACGUCACACCGCGCGGAGCAGCCGUAUCCAAGCGGCUUCGGCGCCGCCAACGAACUUGCUGGCUGGGAUAUCACGACCCCAUUCGACAAACUUAAUGACGUGGUUGAUGCGGAGGGAGAUGCUCUAGCAAAAAGUGUUAUGACAGAGAAGGAAGCCAAGAAUAUGCAGGAAUAUAACACGAAAUUUGUGCGCAACGCGUUUCAGCAGGCACAGUCGAUGGGAAUCAGUGGUUUUGCAGCGCAUGAACUGGCCAUGGUCUGCUCCGACAACGACUCGGACGACGAGGGCAAAAGCGCGGCAGCAAAAAAGAAGGUGAACAAGGAGCAUGCAGGGCAACGCAACAAGAAAACCCUUAGUAGAGAAGAUAAGAUCCGAGAGCGUGGUAACGUGAGCGCCGCCACCAACGCCGUGACACAGUGGUGCAAACACUUGGAUCAACUGCUGCGUACUCUUGACGUCUCACACGGUCGAGCUACCAACAAGGACCGUGAUGAGGCCAUCGCCACACUUUCAACCGCCCUUAAACGGCUUGCUCAGGCGAAACUUGGAAAGAGCUUUGAUCUUGGCUACACACUCGAUGAGAACACCGGCAACACCAACAAUGACACCAAUGCUACUCCCCUAAAACUCACCAUGUGGCGCCUACUUGUUUCCUCUAGCGGGCUGCGCGAGGUGGAGUUUGCGCUAGCUCUCGAGGAUCCUGCUAUGAAGGACCGCAAAGGCAACACCAAGAAGAAAGAUGCGAAGUCAGAUGCCAACAUUCUGCACGGCUUUACCGUCAUUGACCGUCUAGUUCCAGAGGGACUUGACAAGCAAGCGGAGUGGGGACAACUUGAGCCGCUGCGCAAGGCUAAGCCAGACCUCUCGAGCGCAGAGGUGACGUCCUACCUGCGUUGGGUGUAUCUUUCCUACGUGGAGCUACACAUCCAGAUGAAGCUCAAGUGCCGUGUGGUGAAGCUGCACCUUGACAACUGGCGUGCGGAGCGAGAGCGCGCCCGCCUUGCGCAGGAGUCACCGAACAUUUCCCUCAGUGUGCCGCUUUUCCUCUAUUGUCAUCACGCUGUGCUGUCUGUGAUACGCGAUGAGGGUAUGAUGAUAUCCCCCGAGGACCUCGAUACGGUACGCUCCGCCCUUAGGCACUUUGAUUUCAUGGAGGAUUAUUACAACAAGCUUGACCGGGCCAUCACACGCUGGCAGAACAAGGCGCCAGGGACAAUUCCUUCCAGCCUGAUUCCUCGUACCCGUCAACUACACGAGACACCUGAAAUGCUGCAGCUACUGCACAUGGGGCAUCUUCUUGAACGUCCUUUUAUGAGGAAGCGUGACUACCGCGUCGCGUUUAACCCGGACAGUUGGCAACGGGAACUACUUGAUAUAGUGGACAACCGUGGCAGCGCCGUGGUGUGCGCGCCCACUUCGGCUGGCAAGACGUUCAUUUCAUACUACUGUAUGUACAACGCCCUGCGGCGGUCGAACAAGCGCGUUGUGGUCUAUCUUGCUCCAGCACGUGCGCUGAUCAACCAAGCUGUUGCGGAUGUUUGCGCCCGCUAUGGAUCAAAGAAGUACAAGAAUCCAGGCAGAUACAUUUAUGGUGUAUUGGGCGGUGCCGACUACCACCAGUUUCACGACUCCUGCCAGGUGCUUCUCACUGUUCCCGAGACGUUUGAAACCAUGCUUCUCUCACCCAAGUGCGCGGAAUGGGUGGAGCUGAUUGACUAUGUUAUUCUGGAUGAAAUUCACUCUAUGGAGAGUAAUGGCAAUGGUGACGUGUGGGAGCGCAUUCUAGCUCUCCUUCCGUGUCCAUUUGUGGCACUUUCUGCCACAUUGGGAGAGACUCAACAGUUGUGUGGGUGGCUAAACCGUGUACAGGGUCGUCUGAAGGAACAGACGGAAGAUCCAUCGGGUAAGACGCGGGACUAUGAGGUACAUGUUUUGCCGUCAGAAGGGAAAUCAAUUCAGCGCUGGAAUGACAUCAAGAAAUACAUUUAUCUCCCACCACCCGGGGUGCAGCAGUCGUUAAAGAAGCUUACUGCAACUUACGAGCAUUGCUACAUACGUGACCUGCACCCGCUUUCCAUCCUCACAACAGACCAGCUGCUUCGUGGAUUCCCACCUGAUAUAUCUCUUGUGCCGAGUGAAGUUGUAUCCCUCUUUGAAAAGAUGCAAUCGACAUUCAACGAAGUGGUGUGGCCCAAAUGGUCUUUGGUGCCGCUGGUGCAAAAACUGCGAGCACAGUUGGGAAUGCUUGAACCUUCAAAGUACUUUGAGACAGAGACCUACAUCACACAGGAGCGGGCGCGAAUGUAUGAGGCGGAUGUGAAGAAUGCCUUUGCAUACUGGGUCGUUUUGAGCUAUGAAAGCAACGAACAUCUGGAUGACCUUUCUGAUGCGGAGUUAGCGGACUUUAACGCAGUUAUGAAGAAGGCUACGGACGGCAUUCUGAGUGCUUUUGCACAGCAGUUGAACGAAGAUGAGGCGACACUUGAGCAGUAUGCAGCGGAGAAAAUAAAUAAAAAGAGGCUGGCACUUCAGGGACAAGAAGAGGAACAGAAGGAGCGGCAAGAAGAGCAAACUCGAAAUACGGGAGUAGAGCAAGAAGACGAGUUGGGUGAAUCGCAAGAGGCGGUACCCUUACCAGGAUCGCGACAAUACAUCCGUGAGCAGAUCUUGAACGUUUUGCGGGAACUCAUCUCACGCGACAUGGGACCAACGAUUGUAUUUAGUUUCGAAUCAGAAGAUUGUGGGGACCUUGUUAAGUAUGUGGUGGAGCAGCUUGAAAAGGCUGAGGCGCGCUACCGUACAACUGAGGAAUUUGCUGCGUACAAGGCUGAAAAGGAGCGUGCUGCGGCGGCACAUGCGGCACGGCAAAAACAGCGAGAGUCGACACUCAAACAAAAGCGAUUGACGACCAGUGAUGAGGGUGAUGUGGAGGUGGCUGAACGCGACUUGAGUGAUGGAGGUGAGGGAGAUGAUGAGGUGUUUGCCGUCCCCGACAUUCUGCCGGAGUUUACUUUCAUUGGUGACAAGUGCACUGUGGAGCCUAACGUUGUUGCAUCACUUUUGGAUGACUGUGAUAAGGAAGGCGAGGACUUGCUGCUGCGUGCCCUCAGGCGUGGUAUUGGCAUGCAUCACGCCGGCGUAAAAGGCAAACUCCGUGGGCAUGUGGAGCGGCUUUUCCGCGGACGGCAUUGUGGUGUAAUUUUCUCCACUGAAACACUGGCGCUCGGCAUUCACAGCCCCUGCCGCUCUGUUGUACUAGCAGGUGACCAUAUUCUUCUUAACCCUACACAAUUCCGUCAGAUGAUGGGACGUGCGGGUCGUCGUGGACUCGACUAUUUGGGGCACUUGGUUUUCGUCGGUAUCACAAUGCGGCGUAUCAAGCGUUUAAUGACGAGCAGUAUGACAGUAAUCAAGGGAAAUGUGCAAAUGGAUCCCAUUUCGCAACUGCGCCUGUUUCAGCUUUACGACUUUAACUCGCUUCGCCGCCUGAAGAAUGAAGUGGGUUGGAAGAAGUAUGUGGCCAAACUGGCUGAGCGUCUGUAUGUCAAUCCAUUAUUCUUCCAAGGACGCGCAUCGGUUACAGGAGGCAAUAUGGAAGGAUUUACUGUGGAGUUCCUGCAGAUGUUGAUUGGUUUCUUCCAGCAAGAGGGACUACACUUUAACGAGCAUACUUCGUCGCUCGGUUCAUUGCUGGUGGAAGCCAUGUACAUUUUCCGUGAGGCUCAUGUGGGCAAUGAAGGUUUUGCAUUCAUUCGGAUGCUUACAUCUGGUGUAUUUGAAAAGGCCCAGUACUCAUCUGCGCACGAGAAGAAUCUAAACAGUGGUAUUAUGGACGAGGCUGUUGCGGAGUUGCUCGCAUAUCUCUUCUCCACCCACCAAACGUGUGGUGUGCCACUGGAAAUACACCGCUCUGCCCUCCUUGACCCUGCGGUGAGUACGUUGUGGGAAGGCAAGACAACUUCCACACAACAUCGUGUUGUUCUAGCUCCCAUUGAUGUCUGUUCGCCAUUUGCGCCGGCUCUUGACAACGGCGACUUUUUCGCACUGCUUUCCGCUUUUUACAACUACUUGGCCUCUAAUUUGGAGCCUCAGGCGGCUGACGCCUUUCGGCUUCCUUGCAUGAAUGGCGGCAACAAAAAACAACGCAUUUUUGGUGACGGUUCCGCUGAGCUCCCUCUAAUGGACAGGCUUAAUGAAACGUCUGUGCCAUUUAAGGCCCGUUCACCGUUUGUGGCAGUUAGUGGGUGCGGGGAUUUCUUCACUUCUGUCGACGACAUUGCGUUUACUCUUCGCGAUGGCCUUUACUGCGAUCGGCGCAUGCUUCCCAUACUCGAUAUUGUCGAUGGGUGGCGGCAUGAUGGGGCUCAGAUUCUCAUCAAUGCUUGCCUUACGGAUUUUCUUCGUGCCAAGGCCCAGAUUGACACAACACGAAAGAACUACCGCUUCACUCUUCUGGAAGAGCUUAACGGACUCUCCCAAUCCCGCUCUUACGCAGUGCUAAACAGGGUGGAAAAAAUCUUGUCGAAUCUUGGGGGAUUCGUGCGAAGGUCAAAGCUGCCGCGUGCUGGCGUGCUGACGGCUAUUAUGCCAGAAGCCUCCGAAGAGGAAACUUGCUUUAUGGCAGGGGCCCCGCGUCUGCUGGAGGUGGCGGAACGCCUCAAUUCUCUACAACCGCAAAUUCAAAAGCGUUUUGCCGAGGAAUUGUUCGCGGCAAAGAGGGCCAGAUGGAUAAGCGAAGCUGCAGCCCGACGAAGCGAGCAACAGCAGCAACAUCAACACUAG